UUUCUUAUUACAGUGUGAUCACGUUGAUAAACAGCAAACAUGGCUGCCGGGUACAAUUGGUUCCUGGUACUGGGGUCUGUGUUUUUGUGUAACCUCGUCAAAACACUAUUGCCAAGCUUGUCCUCUUUUCUAUCGAGGGUCGUGCAGAAGGAUGCAGACCAGGAGCUGGAGAUGCGAUCACAGAUCCAGGACAUGAAGAAGGAGCUCAACGCCAUCAGCAUGAUGGACGAGUUCGCCAGGUACGCACGCCUGGAGCGCAAGAUCAACAAGAUGACCAACAUGCUGAAGACCCAUGUGAAGUCUCGAACAGCUCACCAAGCCAAAAUGAAGUGGAUCGUGAACAUAGUCUUCUACAUUCUUCAGGCAGCGCUGAUGGUGUCACUCAUCUGGAAGUACUACGCCGACCCAGUGACUGUGGUGCCCAGUAAGUGGAUCGCCCCACUGGAGCGACUGGUGGCCUUCCCCUCUGGAGUGGCAGGUGGUGUUGGGAUUACCUGCUGGCUGGUAGUGUGCAACAAGGUGGUUGCCAUUGGACUGCAUGCAGUUAGUUAGGCAUGCUCUGUUCAUUCCACGUUUAUUGCCAAAAGCUUUGGAAUGUGCAUUAUGGAAAACUUAUGUGCAUUGAACAAAAUUCUGUAGUUUCAGGCGUUAAUUCAAUAGAAUUUCCAUUAAGAUGUGGCAAGUUGAGAGACUUAAUACUGGCUUUGAAUGUUACCUUAAUACACCAACAAAGUCAACAUUGUGUAAAAUUAUCUGAUGGAUUCCAAAACCUUUAGCAAACAUCAAAUCUAGAUCAUUGAGUAAUUUUUUUGGUUUACUACAAAGAAUAAUUGUAAGUAUCUUAAAUGUAUGUGACGUGGUGAUAGUGUUAUUUAAUUUUACUUGAGCAUGUAUCAGUAUUUUUGUUUGUAUUUAUUUGGGAACCGCUGUGAUGUUGUAAGUGUUACAGUGGUGAUGUGAGUCUAUUUGAUAACCAUUGCUGCUUUUGAAAUAAAAAGUUGUUGACCAAGA